AAGCAGCUUUGUCCUGACUAUAUUAAAGGCUUCAACGUACAUGCUUACGCUACACGACUCUGCACAUCAGAUGGAACAUGGUUCAAGAAUCGCACAACCAACUCAUCCUGGACCAACUAUUCUGCCUGUAAUGCUCCUCAAAACAUGCAAAUCGAUGUGGAACACAGCGAAAGACUCAAACUGAUACAGACGAUUGGUUACGGCGUGAGCUUGUGUUCUCUUGUUGUCGCCGUACUAUUGAUGUGCUGCUCCAGGCUGAAGUCAAAAAGUAACACUCUUCACGUGAACCUCUUCCUGGCCUUUAUUCUGCGAGCAAGUUUCUCCUUUCUCUACAACCUUCUGUUUGUCAACGGACUGGGGCUGGAGAAAGACGUUGAAAGGAAACCAGAUGGUACGGUCAGAUUUCUGCACGAUGGCACGCACUGGGAGUGCCGGGUGUUACACACGGCUUACCUCUACACGAUCUGUGCCAGUCAAAUGUGGAUCUUUGUGGAGGGCCUCUAUCUUCACAUGCUGAUCUACAAGACCCUGUCCACUGAGAGAAACGGGGUCAAGCCCUACGUGGUUCUAGGCUGGGCUCUGCCGGUGGCAGUCAUGACUCCUUGGAUUUUUGUGAAAGCACUGGCAGACAAUACACUGUGCUGGAACUUGACAGGCAACCCUCUGUACAUGUGGAUAAUCCACGGUCCAAUGUUGGCUACAGUACUGCUGAACUUCAUCUUUUUCUUGAACAUAUUUCGCGUGCUGUGCUCAAGGGCAAGGUCAAGUCAGCGUCACAUGGGAAGAAGCAAAUACAGACACCUGGCAAAGUUUAUCCUGGUAUUGAUCCCGCUUUUUGGCGUCUUCUACAUAAUUCUAGCCGUGGCUUUUCCAUUAGGUUAUGCCAGUCGCUUUGCUAUAACACCUAUGUAUGUGGAACAAACGUAUAAUGCAUUCCAGGGAUUUUUGUUGGCAUUGCUGUUUUGCUUCCUAAACGAGGAGGUACACGGUGAGAUGAAGAGGAUAUGGUGGAGACGUCGCACUAGAAGGAAAGACAGUGUUGCUACAAGAUCGUUCGUGAUGUCCUCCUACAAGAGAAAUUCUCAACACCACAGAACAUCACUAAACAUCACUCAGCCACUACGGUCUGUAGUAAACCUACCCAGAUCAGACAGUACAGACUCCAAGGAAGGAUCCUGGUUUUCUCGUCUCAAGAUCCAAGUUCUACGGUGGCUGGGGCGUGAGCACAGAUCAAAGAAAUGUUUAAAUAGGGCAUCCCCUGUUAGCGGUGAUGGUAGAGAUAGCAGUAACGUGGAAAAACCUGACGGCGAUGAUCAAGAACUCAGCAUGACUGCACGAGACAAGUGUAACAACAAUGAGGAGGAAGAAGAUGGGUAA